GUUGUUUACUCUGAAAUCUCCAUUGCAUAGUCCCAUAAGGAGCAGCAUCCUACAAUGGCAUCAUGGACAAAGAGGAAAGUGAAGGGAGUACUGUUGGACAUUAGUGGUGUUUUAUUUGAGAGUGGUGCUGGUGUCCCUAUUGAUGGGUCAGUGGAGGCAGUGCAGAGACUAAAAGCUGCUGGUUUAUCAGUGAGGUUUUGUACCAAUGAGACGACCAUGACACGAGGAAUGCUGACGGAGAAGUUACACAGACUGGGAUUCUCCAUGAUAGAGCAGGAAAUAUUCCCUCCAAUCCCAGCCAUAUGUAAAGUCCUACAGAAACGCAAUCUCAGGCCACAUCUUCUCAUCAAUCCAAAGGUAGCCCCUGAUUUUGAUGGAGUUGAUACUUCAGACCCUAAUUGUGUCAUCCUUGGUGAUGCAACAACAGAAUUCAAUUACCACAAUCUCAACAAGGCAUUCCAGGCCUUAGUGGCAAUGAAGGAGCCAGUUUUGUUCUCUCUGGGAAUGGGGAGGUUCUACCGAGAACAGGGGGAAUUACUGCUGGAUGUAGGACCAUUUACCAAGGCUCUAGAGUUUGCAGCAGAUAUAAAGGCCGAAGUUGUAGGGAAGCCAUCUCAGACUUUUUUCACUUCCGUUUUAGAGGACAUGGAAGUCGGUGCUGACAAUGUGGUGAUGGUGGGAGACGAUAUUGUAAGUGAUGUGGGCGGAGCUCAGUCCUGUGGCAUGCUGGGAAUUCAAGUCCGCACAGGCAAAUUCAGGCCCCAGGAUGAGAGCCACCUCUCUGUUAAACCUGAUGCAUUUGCUGACAAUCUCUUAGCAGCCGUGGACCUCAUUAUAGAAGCAUCCAAAUGAUAAACCAAGGAAAAAUUGUCUUCCUUAAAUCAGUGCCAUCUCUAAUUUUCAAUGAUCUACCAGAAUAUAAUCAUUACGUAAAGAUUGUAUAUUUGUGUAUGAGUGUAAUAUAUGAUAUGCUAUCCAUCUGAAACUGUACAUGUGUUUUUUAGGUGCAUACCACAUAAUAAGAAUUUUUAUUUACAUGUAAGUGACUAUUUGAUUUUGGAAUUCAGUGAUGGUUUUGAUAACACUAAAAACAAUGUUGCUAAUAGUUCAGUCACUAAUAGUGUCAAAAACAAAAAAUGAAAAUAGAUAUAUUCCUAAAAUCACUAAAAAUUAAUUAUGCUAAAAAUAAUUGCCCACUUUCAGCAUAAAAUCAUUAAAAAUUAUUUAGUUAAUAAUAAUUGCCAACUUUUAGCAUAAAGCACUAAAUGUGCAGGUCUAAUGUGACCAGUGAUAUGGUAUAGGCAUGUACAUCUAAGCUGUCUGACACUUGUUUCUAUGCAUACAGAAUAAACUACCAGGGACAGUAUGUAAACGUCAUAGGGCAUACUGAUACAGGUACAUUGGUCCUCAACAAAUCUGGCUUUCAGGCAAAUCAUGUAAUAACUUAUGUAUCUUGAUUUUUUUCCUGUAUGAUGUAAAAGUACAUGUGUGAAAUAACUAUUAUAUCUGUGGUGGCUAUUUUUUUAUGUUAUUGUGGUAAACACAAAUAAUAAAGGUGUGAAAAAAUAACUACAUAA